UCUCCCAAAGAUGUUAUUCUCUAAGAGAGAAAUAUCCUGGACAAACUUCCCAUGCCGGGAGAGGUAAACUUUGUUGUUGACAGGAACUUGACAUUGGUAACAAUGAUACUGAAUGGAGUAGCAAAGAAAGACACAUGGAGAGAAGAUGCGUUUGAGUUUGUGAUGAAAGGCGAGAAGGAAUUUAUUGAGAAAAUAUUGAACACAGAGAUCAAUUUUUUCCGAGCUAUUAGAGAUGGGAGUGCACUGAUGCAGCAUAUGGAGGAUUUCUAUUAUAUCACCCUAUUGGAGAAUGUGAGGUCAAACUGCCAGAACGUUACAAUCACGUCAAGAGUUGCUGUAAUAAUGGUUGCAUCAGGUGCCGAAAUGGACAGAUUUGGAAAUCGGCGUUGCACAUUUUUCAUAAAGGCCGGCAUUUGGGUCUACCAUUGUGCCCCCUUAGUCGGGUGGACGUGAUUCCGAUUCCUAAAAUGGAGGAAACAGAACUAGAACCUCUUGGGACCGACCGAUAUGAUUUUGCCUCUUAAUGGUUCAGAUGUCUGAAUGGUUCAGCACUUAAUGGUUCAGACUGUUUGUUUCAGCCUCUUAAUGGUUCAGAUGUCUGAAUGGUUAAGAGAUUUGCUUCUGAAUGGUUAAGUAUUAUACAGAGUCUGAAUGGUUAAGACCUCUUAUUUGAAUUGAUCAGACAUUUGCCUCUGAAUAGUUAAGCAAUAUACUAGCUCUUAAUGG